GGCCACGUGUCACACAGAGCGAAGAAGCCGAGUAGUGAUGAAUCUAGCAGUGACCUCUCGAGCUUCAACGCUCACUCUAUUCCACACAAUCACUAUUUCCAUCACUUCCUCCGCCAAUACAAUUCCGUUACCGUCGCGUCAGCCCAUGGAUCAGAAUCCCAAGCGAGUUGUCGUCUGCGGUGGCGGAGUCAUUGGUGUCUGCACCGCCUACUUCCUCGCCAAGAAGGGCGCCGCCGUCACUCUCAUCGAGAAAUCCGACGUGGCGUGCGCCGCCUCCGGAAAAGCCGGCGGAUUCCUCGCCCUCGAUUGGUGCGACGGAGGGCCCGUCGAAUCACUCGCCCGCGCUAGCUUCAAUCUCCACCGUUCACUCUCCGCCGAGCUCAACGGUCCCCGAUCCUACGGUUACCGACCCCUAACUACUCUCAGCCUCACCGUAACAGAAUCAGAUAGCAACCCUCCCUCUUCUUCCACCACUUCCAAACCCUCAAUUGUUCCCUCAUGGAUCGACGGACCAAUUCGGAGUCCAAGAACGAUUGGAACCCCCGAAACGACGGCGCAGGUGCACCCGCAACUGUUUACGCGCACGCUAAUAGCUAGGGCAGUUAAGGACCAUGGGGCUCAGGUUGUUAUUGGGAAGUUGGAACGGUUAGAGUUAGUUGGGGCCCGAGUUGGAUCGGUUGUGCUUGAAGGAGGACGAGUUAUUGAAUGUGACUCGGUGGUUUUGGCGUUGGGUCCUUGGUCUGGAAAAUUGGAGGUUUUGGCGUCAUUGUGUAGAGUUUAUGGUCUUAAGGCACAUAGCAUUGUUUUGGAGCCUAGAGAACCCAAUUCCAUAACCCCUCACGCACUAUUUCUUAGUUAUUACCCUUCAAAAGGAGGAAAAGCUAUUGACCCAGAAGUCUACCCUCGUCCCACAGGGGAGGUGUAUGUUUGUGGGAUGUCAGCCGAGGAAGAGGUAGCAGAUGACCCUGAGGAGAUUAGAGGUAAGGAGGAGUCAAUUGAGAUGCUGAAGAGGGUGGCGAAGACCGUGUCAAGCCAUCUUGGUGAAGGAGGGGCCCGUGUGAAGGCAGAGCAAGCGUGCUUCUUGCCGUGCACCGAUGAUGGCAUUCCGGUGAUUGGGGAGGUUCCAGGAGUGAAGGGUUGCUUUGUGGCGACAGGGCACAGUUGCUGGGGUAUUUUGAAUGGACCUGCUACUGGUGCUGCCAUGGCUGAGCUUGUAAUUGAUGGGCAUUCCACCAUCGUUGAUCUUAAACACUUUAGUCCUGCUAGAUUUCUUGGCCGUGGGAAGGUGUAGUUUUCUAAAGAUGAUUUGUGUUGUGAC